AUGGCUCUAACGUCGUGGAAAAUUUUCAAUUUCUUCGACGUCUCGGAAGUCAAACCGCCGGACGACGGAGAAAGCUCCUCAAUCUUCGAUAGCAAUGAUCUUCACUGCAUCUGUUCCGGGUCCGACAAUAUCUUCGUCGGCAGCAACGAUGGCCAUGUCCGCAUCCUCUCCCAGUCCUUCAAGAUCGUACGGACGUUCAAGGCACACGACAAUGGUCCUAUCACACAGAUAAAACAGGUGGAAGGCACGGCGCUACUUGUCACUAUCUCCGAGGAUCUAUCAAAUGAGCCAGUACUCAAAGUCUGGGCUCUAGACAAGACAGAGAAGAAGACGGGUGCACCGAAGUGCUUGUCAAGUUUGGACAUACAUAAUGGCAGGAAGCAAUUUCCUGUGAGCGAUGCAUUGAGGAAACCGAGGUUAUUGCAGCAAUGGGACUGA